AUGCGCAGCAUAUUAGACUUUAUUUCUUCAAAAGAGUCUGGGGUGAGCACACAGGAAAUACAGGAUGAAUUUAAAGAAAUGACACUCCAGGAAAUAGUUUCUGAGCUCAACAACCUGCACACAGAUUCUUUGGUGGAUGUUUUCCGCACAAAAUCUGGGAUAUUUUAUCGAAGAAACCGCGAGCCGCAGUCUUUUUCAACCGCGGAGGAAAAGAUCAUCUACCUCUUGGUGAAAGAAGCAGGGGUGGAGGGCGUCUGGAUAAAAGACAUCCGCGUGAAAAGCGGUCUCCACCAAAACCUUGUCACAAAGCUGCUCAAAACCCUGGAGCAGCGCCUUCUGAUAAAGUCGGUAAAGUCGAUCAAACAGAACAGAAAAGUGUACAUGCUGUACGAUGCAGUGCCAUCAGAUGAGCUGGGAGAUGGCCCGUGGUUUACGCCGGAUGCGGAGCUAGAUACGGGCUUUGUGGAUGCGAUAAAAAGCGUAGCAUACGAGUGGAUACUCAACAGCACGGCAGGCAGCGGGCUCCCCGCCUUUGACGCGCUCCCGGAUCUGAAGCAUGUGCACGCGUUCCUGCUGCGCGCUGAGAUAUCAUCGGUGAUGCUAAGCUUGGAAGACGUGAAAAGGAUCCUGGACAUUCUUAUCUACGAAAGAAAAAUCAUAGAGCUUGACCAAAAAUACUAUAUUAGGAAGUAG